AUGGAAGAUAAACAACAACUUCAAGGCUUUGAUUCUGGUUGUAUGAUGAUGAGUGAUAAAAAUUUGAAUCAAUUUACUUCUUCUGAAAAUGUUUUAAAUACUGAUGAAAGAGUAAAUGAUGAUAAAUAUUUGGUGAUUGUAUUGUUUGGAGUUUGUGGUUGUGGCAAAUCGACGAUUGGAGAGGCUUUGACUCAAUAUUUAAACGAAUGUGGUGGAGAGUGUUGUUUCUUGGAGGGAGACAAAUUUCAUUCAAAGAGUAAUGUGGAGAAAAUGGCAAAGGGAAUUCCAUUGAAUGAUCAGGAUAGACGACCUUGGUUAUUGGCCAUUCAUUUACAAAUUAUGAAUGAGAUUAAACAUUCGAAUAGGAAGAUUGUGGUGGUUUCUUGUAGUGCUUUGAAGAAUAUUUAUAGAGAAUUACUUGUGUUGGGUGACGCACAACUAUGUGAAAAUGAGGAGGAACUUCUGGAUAAGCCAAUUCAACACAAUGUUAAUUUGGAUAUCAACUGGCUAUUUGUCAACUUGUCCAUUUCUCAAAACGAAGCACAGGAUAGAUUAGAAAAUCGUUCUGCACACUUUAUGAAUAGUAGUUUAAUUCCUAGUCAAUUCGAAACUCUUGAACUCACAAUUAAUCCAACAAUUAAGAAUGCCAAAUUAGUAGUGGUAGAUAACCAAGAAAAAGAUGUUGCCAGUGUUGUUCAGCAAAUAAUUCAAUUGACCAAACAAUAA